GAAAAUCAGUUGCAUUCGGGAUUUUGCUUGAUCGAGUUCUCUAAAAAAAAAUCUUUUUUGUGUUUGACUCGUCGUCGGUUGUUGGUUCUUUCACAAAUUAGUUUUUUUUUUUGUUACUCAUUUUCUUAAGUGUUCCUUAAGUCUUAUACGCAGAAUAUGAGAUCAUAAUGAUUCGUUUGAAGUGUCAACGAGCAAUUAGUGUAUAAAGUGCACCAACGUCGGGCUGCCGAGUUUGGUAUAGGAAAAUCAAGUGAAUCAAAAAUUGUUGUACAGAAAAAAUGACGAAACCAAAGUGGACCCUAAAAUGGAUGUUUGUUAGUGUUUUAAUAGUGAAAGUAAUUGCAAUUAGUGCUAACGAAAACACACAUUACCUGCCACCUUUAGAAUGUUACGAUCCAUACGGACGGCCUCAGCGAUGUAUUCCAGAAUUCGAAAAUGCAGCUUUCGAAGUGCAAAUGGAAUCCACAAACACGUGUGGAGAAGAGGACGAACAGGACUUCUGCGUUCAAACGGGAUUUUCGAAUCGGAAGAGUUGUGAUGUGUGUCGGGCAGGCGAUCACAGUGCAAGGUAUUUGACCGAUUUACACGAUCCAUACAAUACAACUUGGUGGCAGUCGGAAACGAUGUUCGAGGGAAUCCAAUAUCCGAAUCAAGUUCACUUAAUACUAAAUUUAGGCAAAUCAUUCGAUAUAACUUACAUUAGAGUUGUAUUCUACUCGCCACGACCCGAGUCAUUCGCAAUUUACAAACGAUUUACACAAAGUGGUCCAUGGAUACCGUAUCAGUAUUAUAGUGCGACAUGCAGAGAUACGUACGAAUUGCCCGAUUUCUUGUCGGUGAAGAAAGGUGAAGAUGAGUCUCGAGCAUUAUGUACCAGCGAAUACAGCGAUAUAUCACCACUACGCGACGGAAAUGUUGCAUUCUCAUCGUUAGAAGGACGACCGAGUGCCAUCAACUUCGAACACAGUCUAGAACUUCAGAAUUGGGUCACAGCGACUGACAUCAAAAUCACUCUGGAUCGCCUAAAUACGUUCGGUGACGAGGUGUUCGGUGACGCUCAAGUAUUGAAGUCUUACUUUUAUGCCAUUGCUGAUGUUGCCGUCGGCGCCCGGUGUAAAUGUAACGGACAUGCUAGUAAAUGCGUAACGAGCACUGGCAUUAAUGGAGAACGGACUCGGGUCUGUGAGUGCAAACACAACACCGAUGGCAUGGACUGUGAAAAAUGCUUACCGUUCUACAAUGAUGCUCCGUGGGGUCGAGCAACAUCGAAAAAUGUUCAUGAAUGCAAACCAUGUAACUGCAACGGAUACUCGAACAAGUGUUUCUUCGACCGUCACCUGUACAAUUUAACUGGACAUGGUGGUCACUGUAUGGACUGCCAGGCCAACCGUGACGGUCCAAACUGUGAACGCUGCAAAGAGAAUUUCUUCUUACGUUCAGACGGGUACUGUAUCAAUUGUGCCUGCGAUUCAGUCGGUUCCAGAUCAAUGCAGUGCAACACUGAGGGUAAAUGCCAGUGUAAACCAGGUGUUACCGGCGAGAAGUGUGAUCGAUGCGAGGCGAACUUUUACAAUUUCGGUCCGCAAGGAUGUGAGCAGUGUAACUGCGAUGUUCGUGGAUCAUUCGAGAAUACUCCGUCAUGCGAUCCAGAGACCGGCGUUUGUGUAUGUAAGGAAAAUGUGGAGGGUCGUCGAUGCAGGGAAUGUAAGCCGGGCUUUUUCAAUUUGGAUUUGGAGAAUAAAUUCGGUUGUACGCCAUGCUUCUGUUACGGUCAUACGUCGGAGUGUCAGAGCGCUAUCGGCUACUCGAUCGUGUCAACACAGUCAAGCUUCAACAAGCACAAGGAGAGAUGGAUUGCGGUUGAUGAACAUAACAAUCCCGUGGACCUAAAGUACAAUCAAUUCAGUCAAUCGAUUGGAACAUCAGCUAAGGGCAACGAUUUCAUUUAUUUUUCGGCUCCAGACCGUUUUCUGGGCGAUCAGCGUGCCUCAUACAAUCGUUUACUGAAAUUCCGAUUGCAGUUGAGUGGACAAGUGGGACCUAAUCCUUCGCCAACUGAUGUUAUACUUGAAGGUGGUGGUUUGAAAAUUUCGUUGCCCAUAUUCGCACAAGGACACAAUAUGCCCGACCAAGAAUCACGCGAAUAUUCGUUCCGAUUGCACGAAAGCAACGAAUAUUCCUGGCAACCCAGUCAAUCGUCCAGAGGCUUCAUUUCCAUUUUAAGUGACCUCAAAGCGAUAAAAAUCCGUGCAGCAUAUUCAACACACGGCGAGGCGUAUUUAGACGACGUUGAAUUGCAGACGGCUCAUCGUGGUGCGGCUGGUCAACCGGCAACUUGGAUCGAACAGUGUGCCUGUCCAGAAGGCUAUUUGGGACAAUUCUGCGAAUCAUGUGCACCAGGAUAUCGCCACAGUCCGGCAUCAGGAGGACCAUUUAUGCGAUGCAUUCCGUGUGACUGUAACAAGCAUGCAGAGAUAUGCGAUUCAGAAACCGGACGAUGCAUUUGCCAGCAUAACACCGCUGGUGAUACGUGUGAUCAAUGCGCUCGUGGUUACUACGGUAAUGCAUUGCUCGGAUCAGCGUAUGAUUGCAAAAGGUGCCCGUGUCCGGAUAACGGAGCAUGUAUGCAGCUAUCUGACGAAUCAGUUAUUUGUUUGGAAUGUCCUGUCGGAUACUUCGGUUCAAGAUGUGAGCUCUGCUCCGACGGUUACUAUGGCGAUCCGACUGGCAUCAAUGGCCUAGUUCAACUUUGCAAGGCUUGCGAUUGUAAUGGUAAUGUUGAUCCGAACGCUGUUGGAAACUGUAACCGAACGACUGGCGAAUGUUUGAAGUGUAUACACAACACUGCCGGAUCGAAUUGUGAUGAAUGUUUGCCGGGUCAUUUCGGUGAUCCAUUGGCAUUACCACAUGGUAACUGUGAGGCUUGCUCUUGUUACCCGCCGGGAACUGAACAAACCGACAAAGGAGUCAGCAUUUGCGAGCAACUUUCCGGUAAUUGCCGCUGCAAACCGAACGUGAUCGGACGUAACUGUAACGAAUGCCAGAAUGGAUUCUUCAACAUCGUAUCCGGAAAUGGUUGCGAAAGUUGUAAUUGUGACCCGAUCGGAAGCUUUAACACAUCCUGUGAACGUUUCACCGGACAAUGCUAUUGUAAACCUGGCGUCACUGGACUCCAUUGCGAUCAGUGCGAACCGUAUCAGUACGGCUUCUCAUCGACUGGUUGUAAACCGUGUGAUUGCGACAACAGCGGUUCGAAAGGAUUCCAAUGCGAUCAGAAUGGCCAAUGUCCAUGUAAUGACAAUGUUGAGGGACGUCGCUGCGAUCGGUGCAAGGAGAAUAAAUACGAUCGGCAUCAAGGUUGCCUGGACUGUCCACACUGUUACAAUUUGGUGCAAGAAGCAGCCGACGAGCAUCGGCAAAAGUUGAGCGACAUUAAGAAGACGCUGAAGGAGAUUCAAUUGAAGCCGACGGUCAUCGAUGACGAUGAGUUUGAAUUCAAACUGAGAACGGUCCAGGAGAAGAUUGCCAUUCUAACGGACGAUGCGAAAUCAGGCGCUGGUGGCGGUGAUCGGUCGUUGGUGGAACGAUUGAACGAUUUGCAUGAUCGUUUGAAGACGGUGGGCGAUUUGUUAGACAACUCGGAGAGUGUGGAGGAAACUAUAACGAAUGAGGUGACCCAAGCUACGGAACAUGUUGCCAUAACUGAGGAUACAAAUGUCGCAGCCCGUAAUGAACUGAGCCACGCGCUAGAACUGCUUCAAACUGACGGUGUUGCCGCUCUAGCUAGAGCCAAAGAUCGUUCAGAUCAAUUUGGCCAGCAGUCUGAGCAGAUUAGUACCAUAUCAAGGGAGGCAAGAGCUCACGCCGAGAAAUUGGAGGCACAAGUUGAGCAAAACAAACAGAAUGCAAAAGAAGCUAACGAGAAGGCAUCGAAAGCUUACGAACUCGCUAAGAAUACGUUGAAUCUGCAGAAGAAUAUAAGUGACGAACUUCGAACGAAUAUCCGAGUGGAGGUCGGUGAAUCAAAGAACAAAUUAGAAGAAACUUCCAAACUUACCGCAAAUGCAUUAAAACGCGCCAAUGAGGUGUACGAUGAAGCGUUAACUUUGUUCGCAAAUGUUAACUCCUUAACGGCUCCUGAGAUCAACAUUGAAGAACUGAAGAAAAGUGCUGCUUCGGCCAAUAAGGAGGCAGAACGACUUCAAAGUGAGAUCACCGAACUGGCCAGUCGCAACGAUAAUCUUCUAGACGAAUACGAUGAAAAUUCGGAACUGGCUCGGUUAUUGAUUGAACGAUCCAAUGCACAGCAGGAAGAGGCUGUUCGUUUACUGGAACAUCUGCAGUUUAUCCAUACGACGGCCAAGGAAGCAGUGGCACUAGGCGACGGAACAUUGAAAGAAGCGAACAACACGUAUCACAUACUGGCUGGCUUCCAGAAUCAAGUGCAACAAUCAUCGGAAAGUGCAAAACUAGCACUUGCAACGGUACCUGGAAUCGAGCAACAGAUUCAAGACGCACAGAAAACUGUCGAAGAAGCCGAAAGUGCUCUGUCUGGUGCCUACUCCAAUGCUGAAGAGGCUCGCAAAAAUGCCCAAGAAGCUCAAGUUAAAUACGCUGAACAGGCAUCAGAAGAUGCGGAUAUUAUACGACACAAGGCGAAUGACACCAAAACGGCUGCGAGGAAAUUGCGUGGCGAAGCCGACGCACUCAACAAUCGUGUGGUUGUGACGGAAAAUCGAAUCGACAAUUUCGAAGAGUUGGCCAAAAAAGACGAUUCGUUGACUGAGGAAGCCAAAGAGAAGGUGGGACAAGCAAAAUCGGAUUCGUUUGAGGCUCAGAAUCAAGUUAAAAAUGCGAUGAAUGAGGUUAAGGCUAUUAUGGAUGAGUUGCAUAGUUUACGGGACAUAAACGUUUCGGAUUUGGAUGAACUUGAUAAACGUCUAGCCGCUGCCGAAGAUGAGGUACGUCGAGCCAAUUUAUCGGAACGAUUGGACAGUUUGGUCGAAAUGAAAAACAUCCAGAACACUUGGAUCAAAAACUACAUGAAGGAAAUCGUCCUGCUCGAAUCGGAAGUCGGCAACAUCAAGCAAAUAGCCGAAGCACUGCCACCCGGCUGUUUCAAACGGACGAGAUUGGAGCCAUAAAUGCAUUUCUCGUUUAAUUUCAAUUAAUUAAUUAAUUUUUUUCGUUUAGUUUUUUUAGUCUUUAUUUGUACAAAACACCGAUAAUGUUGUCGU